AUGAGCCGACGCGAUAAUACCCGAGACAACCAUCCACGCCGGGCUGUACGGCCGCAAGACCAGGACGAGAGCGACUCCGAGUCGCUUCCUUCUUACGACAACCUCGACCCGCGGCCACCUCCGUACGGAAAUGUCAACCCCCGGCUCGCAUCAGGACGACCGAAUGGCCUCGACGCAUGGGACUAUAUGGAGGACGGCUACUCUGCCAACUUUGAACAUAUUCCCCGUCCCCGUAGUCCCGAGCGGGUGCUGAAUCACCGGUUGCUUGAGGCUUUGUACACGGUCCGUUCCGAAGAAGAGCACAUGCGAGACCCAUACCCCAGGGUUUCCGCCAAUCCCCUAGGCCAUACCCCCGAGGUUUACAUGAACCUCCGCAAUCACCGAAUCGCCGUGGAGGUCCGCCUGGGCCGGUUCAAGGAGCUCUUUUGCCACCAAGUCUUUGCGGCCUACUGGCAGUGCGGGAAGGGGUGCUACGGAGACCGCAGCUACAACCGGGUCAAUAUCUUCGCUGCCCUUGGUGAGGACCUCCCACUCUCGUCCUCUCUGUCCUGCUCAAACUGCGGCGAACCCGCGAAGGACAUCACCGUGCUCGCUAACGGGCAAAAGCAGCCCAUUAUGCUGACGAGUGGUGAGGUUCUCAUGUCAAGCAGGCUCAACACUGAGCGGUACAUGUGGUGCUGCCACUGCAGGGACUUGUCGGUGGACGGGGUCAGCCGGAACAACAACGACUGCGACCACUGCCGCAACCCCCGGGGGAAUAGAUGCCCGCAAUGCUUCUGGUGCAAUGACUACAUGGAGCCCACCAGGUUCUGCAACGGAGAUCUGGUCAAGUACGGCAUCCUACAUGUCCAUGAGAGUGCCGUAGCACUGAGGGACGGGACUCCCCAGCCUCGGGAGGCGCGGUUCUCCGCACUUCUAUCCGAACUUUUUGCUCUCCUGCGCCAUCUGGGUCCCGACGCCAGAGAAAGGAUCUCCAUCUUGUGGCGGCUCACAAUGUCAGCCAUUUCGUUCGGAAUCUUGAUCACCACUUACCGAGACGAAUGGUAUGUGCCCGUUCGUGGACGAGGAGGAGGACAGAGUUGA